AUGAAUACAUUUGUGAGUGAGCAGGAGGUAACCGACAGAGGUGUUUAUAAUGAGGUUGUUUCCCUCCUGGCAAAUAUGGAUGAGCAAGAUAAGGGCAAAAUUGCCCUCAGGAUUGCCUGUAUAGCUGAGACCAAGCUGGCUAGCGUUAUGGCAGUUCUGCUAGAGAAACUGGAACAGGAUGAGCAAGACAGAGUUGACAUUUACUGUGUCCUGGAGAAAGUAUUACAGCAGGACACCGGGGCCCUAGAGAGUAGUCUACUGAACGAAAUAAUAACCCUGGUCUCAGACGACAUAAGAGAGACUCAGGAAGCAACAAAUGAACUAAAAGUGGCAGCUAGCAACACCUUAGUGACCCUGGCACGCUGCUAUUUCUAUGAGGUGAUGUCUGAGCUGCAGUGUCAUCUGCAACUACUGGAGGAGCCUGAAGAGUAUAUUUUCAUUACGCUGGGCAACCUGUCAUCAGCUUAUGCACUUAAGUGUAUCCCAUAUGUGGGAAGGACCCUGAACGCCAUGUUCUCCAUGUUGGAGUCAGUCAAGGACAGCAGGCUGAGACAAGCAUUUUGUGGUGUUCUGGAAAAAUGGUCAAGGGCAAUCAAUCUAUUUUUGACUACCUGGGGUAAGAACACAUUCCCCAGCAUGGGUACAUUGCGAUUCUUCGAUAGAAUUCUUCCAUUCUAUUGUUAUGUGACCAGCAACUGGCUGAAAUGUGAGGAGCUGCAGCUCAAGCAGGCCAUCAUCAAAGCCCUUGGUCCCAUGAUGAGCCUCCUGCUACACAAAGAGGAGUAUCACGAUCUGGUAUUUGAACCGAUCUCAUGGCUCCUUGAGCAAUAUAAGGAGGACAUUGAUGUUUUUCACGUCACCAAGAGUCUGAGCCAGCUCUUGGAGGUCUCUUGUGAAUAUGAGAUCCCUCUACCUAAAGAGAAGUUUCAAGCCAUCUGCAGUGCUCUGCACAACCAGAUCUGUUCUCAAGCUAAGCCGCUCAGCACGGAAAAUCAUGCAGAGCUGUUCAAUUGUGUAGUUCUGCUAGCCCGUUCUUCUCCUGACGAUCUGAUCGCAUUUUUGCACUCGCAGCUGGAGAUUGAGAAUGAGGCUGUUCGUGUGGCCUCUUUGAAUCUGCUCAGUACUAUUGUUGGUGCCAACUUGCCCGAGACAAGAGUUAAAAACUUUCUGAUUGUGAAGGCAGUGAAAUCCACUUUCAGUGAUCAGAAUGCUAAGGUGAGGAAGGCAGUUCUUCAUUUUAUCAGGAAGCUGCUCAGUUCAGGAAGUGUGGAGAAUUGUGCAGAAUGGGAUAUGGUAGCAUAUGUUUUCCGCGAGUUCAGUGUGUCCACCAGCAAACUGGGUACAACACUUCUCACCCAGGCUAUUGAGGAAGAAAGCACUAUCCAAACCCUAUGCAUUGACAUCCUGCAAUGUCUGGACACCUCAGUCAGUGGAAUGACCCAAGUAGUAGCCUCAUCCCCUUAUGAAGGAGAAGGACAUGGAUGUGCUGCCUUGCAAUUACUUGAGGCCCUGCACCACAAUAUCCAUGAAGCAGUGGGUGAGAUGUGGGUACUAAAUAUCCCACCUCUGCUGCAGUACAUUGAAGGAAACACAGAGAAUUCCCUGGACCAUGAACGGUGGGAGCACAUGCUGCUUCAGUUCCUAAGAACAUCUCUGGAGAUGAUAGGCGACAGUGCCUGGAGCAGCCAGAUAAGCCUUGAGUUGAGCCAGCAGAUGGCCGGCUAUGCCAGCCCCUCCAAAGAGAAGAGUUUCCUGUAUAAGGCGCUAGGAACGUCCUUAGCAGUUUGUCAGGACCUGGUCCAUGUUAAAACACAGAUUAAUACAUUUCUGACGACAACAAAUUAUAUGGAAGACCCUGAGAGAGAGGGAGUCAUUUCCAUCCUCGCAUUGUCUGCUGAGAGCCACUUGGACCUCACCUUGAACGCACUUCAGGAGUUUGGGGCUGCAAUGAGCAAGGUUAAGAUUUCUGGGUUCAUCGGCCGCCUGAAGGACUACCACCGUGGAAAAAGAGGCAAGACUCGCAGCACCCUGAUGCUGACAUACAGCAACGUGGCUGUUCAUGCUCCAAAAGACCAGCUUCUCUCCCGAGUAGAGGCAGACAUCACAGGGAACAUCCUUCACCAUUACAGAGCCAGUUGUCAGGUGCUGGGCAUCACUGUUACGAACAAGGACAUGUACCUAAAAUUAACCCUCAUCCAGAAUGUCACGGAGAUUAGCUGUGCCAUCUUGGAGACCAGAGACUCCCAGGAGUUCGAAUUCUCUUACAAACAGGAGCUCCUUGGCUACAUUCUGGACUUCGUUAAAAAGGAACCACUGGAUUCCCUGGCAUCUCCAGUUCGCUACAAGGCAAUUCUUGCCAUUGGACAUCUGAGCAAACUCAAACCAUCUUUGACCUUGGAGGAAAACCGUGAGCUCCUUGAUGAGUGUUUCAAAAGUUUAUUUCCCCUUCCUCCCUUGGAGAAGAUGAAAGAGGAAGGCGAGACAGCCAAGGAUGCUCUGCAUAUACAGUCACUGUACGUGAGGUCCUUGGAAGCUCUUGGCAAGCUAAUGAAGACUUUGCUGGAGGAAGAACCAACCGCAGACUGGUUCCAGGAAAUGUUUGAAACUCAGGAAACUUUUAAUCGGUUUGGAUCUCUGAUUGGACUAAUAGCACCAUACAGCUGUGAUUCACUGGCCACGUCCCGUCAGUGGGCGGUUGACUGUAUCAGCUGCCUUCUCUGUAUACAAGGCCAGUCCAUGAACCUGGGGUCAGCGGCGGAGGAGGAGCUGAAAUGUCUUCGUGAAGCACUAACAGCUCCAGACCCUGAGGCUCUGUUUCAGGCAUCUUCCAAAAUGGCCAGGGUUGUUAGUGAGUACUUUCCCGCAGAACAGGCUACAGACUUUAUUAAGGCCACAUUGGGUGGUAUGUUGUCUGCCAGCCCCACCUGUGCCACGGCAGCUGGACUGUGGAUGAAGAUCAUCCUGAAGGAGUGUGGAGAUGCCAUGCUGGACAAGGUGCCAGAUAUCCUGGUUAUAAUAUAUAGCCACAUGUCUACUAUCCAGGAGGGCAGCUUGAGGCAGUUCCUGGUGGAGGCGGUGUCCAUUUUAGCUCACCGUGACCUAGAGACAGUGAUCUCCAGCCUCCUCGGCGAACAUCUGCCGAUGGACAGUGACAUCACUGAGCUGUGGAGAUCUCUGGGGGGAGACCCCUUGCUUGCCACUCAAGUCCUAAAGAUCCUGAUAAACAAGAUAAAGACUCCAACAAGACAAGAAGGCCGCAUCACCUCAGAGACUGAAAUCGACAGGGAUUUGGCAGCUGCUGAACCUCUCUCAGCAACAUGUGCCAUCUCUGAGGUGGUGUCAGCACUGCAGUCGAGCAAAGCUGUGCAGGAGCUGCUCCCAGAGUUGUUUCCUGUUCUCCUGCAGCAGGUCAGCCGAACCCUAGGACAAGAGAUGCCUUUGCCCAGGAUAAGCAGCGGGAUGCUAUUCCGAGAAGACCUACAACAUACUGAGGGCGACCCUUGCCGGCUUUCUAUCCAAGCAUUAGAGGCUGUGCUUUUCAAAGCCGGGAAUGAGAGACUGGGGAGAGCGCUCAGGGAGCAGAGAACAUGGAGUCUGCUUGAAAACCCCAAGACUCACCAUGAGGGAGUGUGUCUGCUGGUGAGUGUUCUGCUAAGAUCUGGACUAAUAACACCUGAGAUCUUACAGAGCCUCCUCCCCUGGGUGAAUUCCCCAACAGAAAACCUCCGAGUCACCAGCACAGCUUUCCUUGCCCAGCUAAUGAGUGAUUCCAUGCUCAGGGAGAAGAAGUUCCUUAAGUCUGUCUUGAGCAUCUUGGAAGAAAGGUCACAUGAUAGGAACAGCAUUGUCCGCCAGAUGGCUGUGAGAGGCCUGGGAAAUUUAGUCUAUGGCGCACCUGAGAAGGUGAAAAAGUACAAGUACAAGAAGUUUCUUCUGGACAUACUGAUCGGGGCCUUACAUGACAUUUUCAGUUCGGAAGUCAUUGGCGAGAGCAUGAAAGCACUGGCCAAAGUCCUGAAGGAGCUGAAAGAGAAGGACAUAGGUUCUUCCUUCAAAGACCUCACCCAACAGAUCCGGACUUACUUUGACGAUGUGGAUGAUGCUCUUCGCUCAAUGGCCUUUGUCCUAUUUGGCAUCCUGGCCCGGCUGACAAAGAGAAAAUGGAAGACCUAUUUCGCCGACCAGGUUAAAAAGAGCUGGGUCACACUUCUGCUGCACCUGCAAGACCCAAACCCUGAGGUUUCAAUGGUCAAAAACAAUGCAGAGCUGCUGGAGAAAUUGUACCAAAUCACCAUCACGUACUUCUAUAGCAGCUGGGAAGAGAUCCGGGCAGUUGCAGCCAACUUAGCUGGCAUCAUCCUGGAACACACAGACAGGCAGCGUAUGAAAUGGCUGGACCUGGAAUAUCUGCUGAUGUCUCUCCAGGUCCUACAGAAAGACCCAAGUCCCACUGUCCAGCUGGUGGCAACUGAGAUCAUAAGUGACAUCUCUUCUGGCCGAGUGAUUGGGGAAUGA